AUGCAAGCCAAGUAUGGUCUUAAGGGAAAUGACACAAACGUGGCCAGCCAGAGCCUACGGGGCCCAGACGGAUUGCUAGAGUAUGCGCCUUGCGUCGACAUGGAAGGCCCGAUUCGGGUGACGGACAAAUCCCUGGAGAAAAGGGCCGCAUCGGGAUCCGAUUACUGGAUGGCCAACAUGGAGCAGCACGGCGCUAGCCCUUAUGCCCCAGAAGGAUACAAGGUGUGGAGGAAUGUCAAGGACUAUGGCGCCAAGGGAGAUGGACUGACUGACGAUACCGCCGCUAUCAACAAAGCAAUUUCUGACGGCGGGAGAUGUGGUGCCGACUGUGGCUCAAGCACAAUCUACCCUGCAGUGGUCUACUUCCCUCCCGGCACAUAUCUUGUCAGCAGCCCAAUUAUACAAUACUAUAAUACCCAAUUCCUUGGUGAUCCCACCAAUUAUCCAACGAUUCUCGCAGCCGCCAGUUUUGUCGGUCUAGGGGUGAUCACCUCCGAUGUCUAUGUUGGAGAUCAGCAGGAAUGGUACCUCAACACAAACAAUUUUCUGCGAAACAUUCGCAACUUCAAGAUGGACAUCACACGUACAGAUCCGACUGCAUACGUGUGUGCCAUUCAUUGGCAGGUGGCUCAGGGGACCUCACUAGAGAAUAUAGAGUUCUACAUGUCUCAAGAUGCGGGCACAACCCAGCAGGGGCUCUACAUGGAAAAUGGAAGUGGGGGCUUCAUGAGCAAUCUAACUUUUGUUGGCGGAAACUUUGGUGCUUAUCUCGGGAACCAGCAAUUUACCACGCAGCAUCUCGUGUUUGUCAAUUGCAAAACUGCCCUUCAGAUCCACUGGGACUGGGCGUGGACCAUGCAGGACGUUGUGAUCGAAUCUUGCCAAACAGGAAUCGUCGUCACUGGUGGUGCCGGUGGUCCGAUGAGCAACGGCCAAGGCGUUGGUUCAUUUAUCCUUGUUGACGCCGUGAUUGCCAAUACCCCGACUGGCAUCUUGACCUCGCUGUACAGUGCCAAUUCCACCGCAUUUCUCUUGCAGAAUGUUGGGUUCUACAACGUCGAGAAAGCCAUCAUGGCGGAACGACGCGCCGAUCCCAUCCUCGCGGGAGGGAACGAGGUGCUCAUUGAUGCAUGGGGCUUUGGCCUCUACGCCCAGGAUGCAAACGUUCAAUUUGCCCAGCAAAAAGUGCUUCCAGCCAUGCAGCGUGCCAAAGAACUCGUUAGCUCCAAUUCUUACAACAAGGGAACAUUUAACUUUUUCACCCGCCGUCGACCACAAUACGCCGAUAUUGGUCACAGCCAGGUGUUCGACGUCAAGGCCUAUGGGGCCAAGGGCGACGGCGUGACUGACGACACUAUCAUUCUUAAUAGUGUGUUCAUUGUUGCCGCGAACCUGUCGUCAAUCGUCUAUAUUCCUCAUGGUGUCUACAAAGUGACAGAUACCCUGAAGAUUCCCAAAGGGUCCCGCAUUGUUGGACAGGCUUGGUCUCAGAUCAUGGCAACAGGCGCCAAAUUCCAGGAUGCUGACCAUCCACAUGUGGCGGUCCAAGUGGGCCACGAAGGCGAAAUCGGGAUUGUCGAGAUCCAAGAUCUGCUGUUUACUGUUUCAGGUCCCACCGCCGGAGCUGUCUUGGUGGAAUGGAAUAUCCAUGAAUCGAGCCAAGGGUCGGCAGGGUUAUGGGAUUCCCACUUCCGGGUUGGAGGCGCAAAGGGCUCCCAUCUUCAAGCUUCUGAGUGCCCAAAGAAGCAUUUCCCUCUCAUCAAACAAAACUGUAUAGCUGCUUCGUUACUGCUUCGUAUCACUUCUUCUGCUUCUGCUUAUCUCGAGAACGUGUGGGCAUGGACAGCAGAUCAUGAUCUCGAUGUGAAAUCUCAGGAUCAAAUCGAUGUCUUUUCUGCUCGUGGGAUCUUGGUUGAGAGCCACGGACCGACGUGGAUGUACGGCACUGCAUCCGAACAUAAUGUUCUUUACCAGUAUCAGCUUUCGGGGGCGCAGAAAAUUGUGAUGGGAAUGAUCCAGACGGAAACGCCAUAUUUCCAACCGCUUCCUGCAGCACCCGAGCCUUUUAAGCCUGGUCUGUUUCCCAAUGACCCUGAUUUCACCAACUGUGGCGACAAUAUAGCUGGCUGUGCCAUGGCCUGGGCUGUGAGGGUCAUCGAUUCUUCGACUGUCUAUAUGCUAGGCUCCGGCCUUUACAGCUGGUUUGCGUUCUACACGCAGGAUUGUGUCGAGACUGGCAAUUGCCAGGAGCGGGGCUUCUACGUUGAGCAGAGCACUAAUACCUGGGUGUACAACCUUGUCACCAAAGGAAUCAUGGAAUCUAUCAGCCCGACAGGGGAAAUCCCACUCUAUGCCCGAGAUGUCCAGAAUGGCUAUACCUCGUCUCUCCUAGCUUGGCUCCACACCGGAACAGGGGCCAUUGGGAAGCGCAAAUUCCCGGGCUUCUACCUGUGGGACGAUGAGCAGGACCAGGAUGUCUUGGGCGGCGUUUCGUCUACCUGCAAAGCAUCUCUAACGCGUCUGAUCGAAUGUCAUGAUCAAGUAUACAUGCUCAGGGCCUUACAAUGGAGAGGGUCCAUGCACAACGAUACAUUGACUGAUUUGAUGUGUGACAAAACCUGCGGACAGUCUCUCCAAGCGUGGUUUGAGAGUGUUUCAGUCGACUGCGCCCGGGAGCAUGACCGUGUUGUUUUGUCCGAGCCCGGCGGCAUCAUUUGGGCUGGAUGGAACGAGACAUGCGUCAAAGACCCCAACACGGGGAAAUACUGUGGCGAUGCCAUUGAUGGAUUCACUGUCGUCCAGACCAUCGCCGAUAUGCCACAAGGUGAACUGUGCUCACACUGCUAUGUCACCCGCUACGAGAUGAUGCAAGCGACUCCCUACUCUAUUUAUGACGAGACUUACCAGUCUGACCUGGAGUUCAUGCAUUCGAAAUGCGGGCUCAGCGGGCCCACAAAUAUCCUCCCACCGCUGCAAGAGUUCCCAGACCCAUACAAGAACAACCUCACAUUCUGCAUCUCUGAAACGACGUAUACGGCGGUCUCCGGGGAUACCUGUGAUUCGAUCUCGCUGAAGUACAGUGUGUCGUCUGCCUCGCUGUACAUGGGCAAUCCCAAUCUCCACGACUGCCGCAACAUCCCCGCCGGCACGGAACUUUGCAUCCCGCUCUCUUGCAAUCCCACCUAUACUCUCAAAGACAACGACACGUGUAUUUCUGUCGAAGCCUCCCUCGGCUUACCAUACUCGGCCGGUGCUACCCUUCGCAAAUUCAAUCCAUGGCUACUGAACGACUGUUCCAAUCUUCAUAUGGCCAGUAACCAGGUUUAUGGGCACGUGCUCUGCGGUGCUCCACAAGGGGGCACUGCAACCGGUGCUGCUCCUCCGCCGGGCGUGACCUCUCUACCACAGACGGGCGGCUACACUGAAACCGCACCUCCUACCAACGCCACGGUGGCCAAGGGCACGACGUUCAGAUGCGGCAAAUGGUACGUAGUGACAGCUGCAGAGGAUGUCAGUUGUACGAUGCUUUGUAUGCAAGGACCGGUCGACCGGGAGACCUUUCUGAGGGCCAACCCUUCCUUGGCUGCAGGCGACUGUGAUGGUCUCUUGGUGGCGGGGGAUGCGUAUUGCAUUGGACCAGUGUCGGGAUUUGAUGCUGCCAACGGGAAUAGCACCGCCAGCAGCACAAGUAUGGAAACGACAUAG